AUGACCAAAGUUUUCCUUUCAGGUAUAAGCGGGUUCCUAGGAACGCAUAUAUUACAUGCUUUAAUGCGCUCCGGUAGUGAUUACAUUAUUCAUGGCGCACUGAAUCGUAUAAAGCUGCUUAUUGUGCCUGAUAUUGCUACUAGCUGCCUUAAAGAGGCUAUGGAUGGGUGUAUAUAUGUUAUUCAUUCUGCCUCCCCUUCGUACCUCAACGCACAAGAUCCGGAAAAAGACAUGUUGAUACCAACAAUUCAAAGCAUGAGAAACGUUUUGGAGUCUGCCCAUUCUACCAUUGUGAAAAAGAUUGUGAUCACAUCCUCUUUAUUGGCAGCCAUGGAUAUUGCUAGCGGGUCUGUAAAAUCAGCUGACUACAUCUACACAGAGAAGGACUGGAAUUCCUGUACAUAUGAGGAAGCCUGUCGGGCCGCUGGGCCGGCUGCAGGUAUAACUGUCUACAAUGCCAGCAAAGCUUUAGCAGAAAAGGCCGCUUACGAGUUUCAGAAACGGCCAGUUGUUACGUUUGAGUUGGCCAGCAUCAAUUCGACUACCUUAUUUGGACCAUUACUUCAACCGUGGAUCCAUAAAAGCACUGUGAAUGCUUCGACUCAAAUGAUUUACGAUCUUAUCGACUCUAAGACAGAAGUACCAUAUAUUAUGCCUCUUUUCUGUAAUGUUCAGGACGUUGCAAAGGCUCAUGUAUGGGCGUUGGAGAAGCCUGGCGCUAUGGGACAUCGCUUUUUUAUGAACGGACCAGCCUUCUCUUUGCACAAGACGAUCAAAUAUUUUGCGGACCACUACUCACAUCUCCGGCCACGCCUCCCAUCCAGCUGGGUCUCUUUUAAUUGGGCAUAUAAAGUAAGCGAGCUUAAGUGA